UAAUAUUCAUUUUUUUUAAUUAUUACUGUGAUCGAACGUAGAUAAAUCCAUAAUUAUUAGAAUAAAAUAAAAUAUUCAAUCAUUUAUUUCUAAUUGCACAACUGAUGAGUCUUAGAUUCGAAUCUAUAUGAAACACGAUCAAAAUAAAACAGGCAAUCACUAAGUGUAUUUAACCAAAACUAAGGCAUUGUCUCAAGAUCAAAAAGAUAGAGGUAUGCUUUCUUGGUUCCAAAGGCCAGAGGAUUCUUUCGAUAAUAGGCAGCAGCCUCUUGCUCUCUACCGUGCAACUGUGAGAUCGCAGCCCUCGUCAGACCCCCUGACCACCCAAAAACAAUUUCACUUGAUGUCGGCCGCCUUCGGCAACGACGACGGCGACGACGCGGCGGUGGCAGUCGGCACAGAUCUUUCGGCGGCUACCUCCAGCGCUUCUCCUCCUUCUCCCCCGGGGUUUUCUGUCGGCGUCGCCCCCGGCGGCGGCAGCAUUCCGGCCUCCUCCGACGGGUACGGCUUCUCGUCCGCGAUGACCGAGAUUCUUCACCCCGACCCUGACCAGAUGCAGCGCGAGAAGGGAUUCAUCCUUCGGGAGUGGCGCCGGCGAGGGACUUUCCUUGUAGAUCCGAUCAUUCGUCGAUUCGCCAAAAUGUCAUCCUGCUUGAGGAGGGGAGGAGAGGAAGGAAAAGGAAUGUUGAAAUCAAAUUAUCGCUGAAGCUGAACAGUACAAGCAAGCUUUCUAUGCGAAAGGAAAAUUGAACUGUGAGACAAACAAGUUGCAAAACAGAGAAAGAGAGAAGCUAUACCUCUCCAACCGGGAGAAGUUCCACACAGAUGCCGAUAAAACAAUACUGGAAAGCAAUUGCUAAGCUUAUAACCAAUGAGAUAGCCAACAUCGAGAAGAGAGGGAAGAAAGAGGAGCAGAAGCCUUCACAGACCAAAGCCUGGAAAGCCCACUGAUCUCUCGACGAUGCGCCAGAUUUUGGUAAAGCUGAAGCAUACACCCACACCACCUUCCUCUUCACCAGCCAAAGAUGUUGCUGCAGCCGAUGAGAUCUCUGUGCCAGAAGGGCAAGCAGUCAAACCAGAGGUAGCUGCAACUGCUUGAUCCUCACAUGCAACUAUUCGAUAUUUAUGUCGAAUGAUUUCCUACCAUACCAGUGAGUUCUGCACUCCAUCGGUUGUCCUACCUUUUGCUAAACCGGUUCAUCGGGAAUCAGGUUUGUCCUACAUUGCUCAUCAGAUAUGUUGAUAAACUUUCAACCGUCGGCUUUUCUGUCUCAGGUUCUUAUCAAGUUGGACGUGCUGCUGUUGCAAUAGAGUUUUGUGAUGUUUUUAUACCCAAUUGCAAUGCAAUUUGUGGUUUGUAAUAUCUAAUUAGACCAUGUAUACUGGCUGCUGUUAGCAAAAGAGUUGAACAUUUCAGUCCUAGUACUCAUUGUGCGAGUAAAAAGGCUAAACUGUAUCCGAGUUAAAGCGAGGGAGACCUGUAACCCUUUCCAAGAUUAGAUAUAGCUAUGUAUCAUGUUGCCAAACGAUGUUUCUUUCGACUGAAGAAGACAGAUGUGAGAAGAUAGGCAUCAAUCACAAAGUGACAUGUGGAUCAAAUUAUUGUUAUAAUUAUUUAAUAAAGUUUUUUUUCUUACCCCAUUAUUAUAUUUCUUAUCUCUUCUUUUC